GUCGUCCACCGCACAGGAAAUGCGGAAUGUCUCUGGUGUGAUCUUCAUAAAAACCAACCGGGUAGUAAACAACGUUGCAUAAACAUUGGCACCAUCCUGCUGCUGAUCAGGGAUCGAUUGUUUUGCUAAACCAUUUUUGCAUCGGAAAUCCCCGACUGAGAACCUGAACGCCUUCUCUUGCGUUUCUGCUAAUGUUUUGCAAAAACGAUGUGUUGCUGAUGCUGAUACGGUUACGACAAUCCUGACCCAAAACACGCGAUAAGACAUGGCCUGCGAGAGAAACCUGGCACCCGGCAAAUCAAUUUGUGUCGCGAUAACACGCUUACACUCUCGAUCAAUCAACGCCGUUUCGUGGUAGUUUUGAUUUCGAUGCGAAUCAGUUCGUGUUGAAGAUGCGCCCAACGCUGGUCUUGCCGGGUUGGCUCCGGAUCCGGUACGAGGAGAAGAAACUCAUCGCUUAUCUGGCGGGACUGGGCACGAGUGUCUGUAGCGUCUACCUGCUGUGCAACGCCGGCAGUACACUUGGGCUCGCCAACUCGGGUUCCAACCCUUGCUUUUCUACUAGUAGUGCGUAUAAUCUGGAAAUCUCGCUCGUCGUCAUUCUGUCGCUCGUCUAUCUCGUCAUCAGUGGUGCAUUCUUUUGGGGCAUCUGGCAGGAACAGGCCAAGUAUUUGCUUCCGUUCUUGUGCUUUCUGGUGGCUGCUACCGGAUUCCUCGGCCACGCGCACAUCGAUUGGAUGCUGUUCGAAGCUGGUGCCGGAGAGCGGCAGCUGGGAAUUGCGGCCUUCAUUUGGACCACACUGGUGCUCACAUUUGCCAGCACCAUCAUCUUGCUGCUCUACCGCGAGAUGAGUUCCGGGAAGCGCUCCAAAAAGGAGAAUUUUGAAGUGUUUUACAAUAAUGGGAAAUACUAAGCC